CCGGGGGCGACUGGGACGAGCCUGCGGGGAGUCCAGCCAGACCUCGUUCCGCUUCAGAUAAAAGACUAAAGGCGGGAACGAGACGCUGACAGUGUCUUCUACCCCGCGCCCGUCGACAGGGUCCCAACACCCCGCCCGUAACGAGUGUAUGCGCGCGACCCCGCUUCCCCCGCGCACUGUGGCGUGGAGGUGCCCGAGCAGGUAGCUACGUCCCGGCUGUCCCGCGGGCGCCGCGCCUGCGCAAUUACAAGUCCUGCGGCCGCGCGCACCGCUCCCUUUCUCGCGCUGCCGGGAUGCCGAAGCUGAGCAAAGAGGCCAAGCUGCGGCUGCAGCAGCUCUUCAAGGGGGGCCAGUUCGCCAUCCGCUGGGGCUUCAUCCCCGUCGUGCUCUAUCUAGGUUUUAAGAGAGGUGCAGAUCCUGGAAUGCCUGAGCCAACUGUUUUGAGUCUACUUUGGGGAUGAAAGAUUGGCCAUACUGUACAGGAACCAUUUGAUGGACAGAGAAAAUGAAGAUGUGAACCUUCACAAGGCUAAGGAAGGAGUACACUUUAUCACUAUUACAUUAGCUGGCCUGAACAGCUUCCUGAUGGCAUAGAUGUACAUACAACAAAAUGGAAUUUAUAUUGACCUAAUUUAUUUGGUUUACAGUGAAAUUAAAUAAAUACAGUUUGAAUCCA